AUGGACUCAAAUCAGUACAGUAAUCCAGGUAACAGUAAUUCGCAGUUUAAUCAGUCAGGUCUACCCCAACAAUACCAGCCUAUGAUGCAAAACAGUUUUUAUCCACAACAACAGCAACAGCAGCAACAACAACAGCAGCAGCAAGUGCCUCAAUUCCAUCAGUUUCAGCAAACUGGUUAUGCUCCAAGUAUUUCACACCAAGCAGGUGGAGGUCAAAGUCAACAAUCAGCUACUGGUGCUGGCCAAGGUGCUGGACAAGCUGAUGCCGCUGCUCAAGCUGCUGCUCAGGUGGCCGCCGCCGGAGAUUUCAAUUAUUCGCAAAUGGCGAACCCAUCGAACCAACAGAUGAACCAACACCAAUUAUCGGAAUUAAUGUACAAUUCCUUUUUGACUCAUUUGGCUCAAAAACAAAUUCCAAAUUCAACAGGCUCAGCAAACCCUGCAGGAAGCAAUUCCAUGCAAAAACAAUUCGGUGACCAUGCUGCGGCAUUACAAAAUAACUUAAUGCUUGAUCCAAUGCACCAACAACAGUUGUUGCAACAACAGAUGUUACAACAACAAGCCAUGCAGCAACAGGCCAUGCAACAGUCCAUGCAAACACAAAUGGCUUCUGGUAAGAAAGGUCCAAAGGGUAAACAAAAUAAUCAAGCCACAGCUACCGCAACCGGUAAAGGUGCCAAAAAUAAAGAUGUUAAAAAGUUAUCGUCCACUCAAACAAGAAUAGAAAAAAGAAAACAAUUAAAGAAACAAGGUCCAAAAAGACCUUCUUCCGCUUACUUCUUAUUCUCCAUGUCUAUUAGAAACGAAUUAUUACAAGAGCAUCCACACGCAAAAGUUCCGGAAUUAUCUAAACUAGCUUCGAUUAGAUGGAAGGAUUUAACUGAUGAACAAAAAAAACCAUUUUAUGAUGAAUUCAGAACUAAUUGGGAAAAAUAUAGAGUUUUACGUGAUGAUUACGAAAAAACUUUACCACCAAAGAGACCUUCAGGCCCAUUCAUUCAGUUUACUCAAGAUAUCCGUCCACUCGUAGUGAAAGAAAACCCAGAUAGAAACUUGAUUGAAAUUACAAAAAUUAUAGGUGAAAAAUGGCGUCAACUAGAUCCAGUGAAGAAAGCUGAAUAUACUGAAAAUUACAGAAUUAGAUUAAAGGAAUGGGAAAGUUGUUAUCCAGAAGACGCUGAAGAAGACAAUUUAAAGAUUAAAGUUAAAAAACCAAGAAAGAAGAAAGUUAAGAACGCUAAUAUAGAUCCAAAUGCUGCUAAUCCAAAUGAUUUGAAUCAAAUGAAUGUUAUGAACCCAAUGAAUAACAUUGCAAACAUAAACGGUAUGCCACCAAAUGCUGCUGUUAAUCAAAACUGA